GGUGCCCUAUAUUGAUACACCUGACUGGUAUCUAUAGAGCUCACCGUGUGACACCAGUUGUACUCAAGACUCGAACUGCGCAUAUUUUGAUCGAUAUUAGUUUGUUUUAGUUAUCUACCCCAGCGUGAGAUAUAGUCUGUUGCAGGUAGACACACAACAAUGGAGGGAAAAUCAGGUGCACCUCCUCCCCCUUACACGAACCAAGGGUUUGUGCCACCUCCUCCCGCAGGGGGAAACCAAGGGUAUGGCCAACCUCCUAUAAGUGGUAAUGCAGGGUAUGCCCAACCCCAAGGCUACGCUCCACCUCCUCCAGGAACCAGUAGUGGGUGGGCACAGCCUCAGUACCAGAUGCAAGCACCAUUUCAGCAGCAAACCAUGCAAACCAACAAUGUUAUAAUAACACAGCAACCUGGCAUCCAACAUGUGGUAAUGACUGUCCCUCCAGAGGACAACAUGGUGAGAGCAAUAAUCGCCACCUUUUUCUGCUUUUGGCCAAUAGGAAUGUUCGCCAUAUGGAAAGCUAUGGAGUCUAAAUCCGCCUACAACCGAGGAGAUGUGGCCAUGGCGCACGCUCAUGCCAACUCCAGCAGACAACUGGCCAAUUUUGCCAUCGGGUUUGGGACCUGCUCGAUCAUCGCCGCCUUUAUCUACGUCGUCGUUCUUUAUUCUGUGAUACUGUAGGUAUACGAAGUGUCUUGCCGGACAUGCACAUUGACAUGUACAAGGAUUCAAACUUACAGUAUUCGGAUAGACUGUGAUUCUAUUUGUGCCAUAUAAUCGGAGUUAAAUCAUUUGGAACACAAAUGUAGGCAACCCCGCAUCCUUUAGUUCUCAAUGUUAUUUUUAACCUGACAAUAUAUUGAUCGUCUCGGCCGGCCAUUCCAGAAAGUUCCAAGCAACUUGAAUACAAACCAAAAAUCCCUUAAUUAUGAAAAGAGAAAUAGUAUGAAGUGAAAGAGUCUGUUAUCACAAAACGUAAUGUUUAUGACGUCAUUCUGUAAUCACAAACGCUGUAGAAGGUGUUUUGAUCAGAUUCUUGUAACACAACCAAUAAGUGUUUCGAUGUGACAUUUCGAUGACUAGUACGGUACUCUAUGACCUUAAUCGGACUAAUGACCAGUGAAGCGUAUGCAGACAAAGGUGUAAAAUAUGUCCGAGUUGUCCACAAAUCGAUGUCGAUUAGGCUAC